AUGGCAGCAUCGCAUAUCUUAAGUGCAGUAGAGCCCACGGUGGGCGGCGGCGGCGCGCGCGGCGGCCGUGAGAGAGAGGUCAACGUAGCGCUUGACGAUAGAGAGCUUUGGGUCCGCUUCCAGACUCUUACGAACGAAAUGAUAGUCACCAAAAAUGGACGACGUAUGUUUCCUGUAGUAAAAGUUACUGCCAGUGGGCUGGACCCGACGGCCAUGUACACCGUUCUUCUUGAGUUUGUUCAGGUUGACACUCACCGCUGGAAAUACGUUAACGGCGAAUGGGUUCCCGGUGGAAAAGCUGAAGUGCCGCCCUCUAAUGCUAUCUAUAUACACCCAGAGAGUCCAAAUUUUGGUGCACAUUGGAUGAAAGAACCUAUAUCUUUCGCUAAAGUUAAAUUAACAAACAAGACAAAUGGAAACGGACAGAUAAUGCUGAACUCUUUACAUAAAUAUGAGCCUCGAGUACACCUAGUGAAAGUUGGUACCGAUCUUCGACGUAUCAUGACUUAUCCGUUUCCUGAAACGCAGUUUAUAGCAGUAACUGCUUACCAAAAUGAAGAAGUGACGUCACUAAAAAUCAAAUAUAAUCCAUUUGCUAAGGCUUUUCUGGAUGCAAAAGAAAGGCCUGAAGGCUACUAUCAAAGGGAUUUUGUUGGAUCCCAUUACCCGCAACAAAGUUCUUCCCCUCAUCAAUAUCCCCAGUUCGGUGGAUGGUUUGUAACAUCCCAGUCACUUUAUGGUAGUAGCAAUUCUUCUUCAAGGAGACCAGCGCCCUACCCACCUAGACCACCUUCACGACCCCGAACUUUGUCACCACCUUCUACUUAUAAUAACCCAGAGAGAUCUACAGCAGCGUCAGUAAACGGCGGCGGUAGUUACACUUGGGCGAGCACGGGCGGCUACUGGAGUUCAGCCCAAGGUAGCAGCUCACCGCAACCCAACGCAUCGCCCGCUCCGUACCGCACUCCGCCACACGCGUACCCCGCUCCCAUCGAGUACGCUCCGCCACCCCCUACGAGUACCUCAGCGCCCGCGACUGCACCUGCGUCGCUGUAUCCUAUACAAUAUGAAGCUCCUACGCAACAUCAUUCCCCGUACUAUCAACAUGCUUAUGCGCCGUACGCUCAUCACACGAUCGAGGACAUUUCUUACUGGCCUAAUAGUUUUAACAGUUACAGCUACCAACCAUCCGAGUACGUGGGAACAGGCGACGUGUCAUAUAGCGAGGGCAUGUCCUUUGGUCCAACGGGCCCCCCUCUUGAAGCAGCUACGACUAACCAAGAUGGCCGAACAACGCCCACGGGAUCUGAUCAUCAAUCAGCAGAAAGAGAGUACAAAUUCAGUACUGAAGGAGAACGUCAGUCACCUUCCGAAGAAUCUGCGCUUCCACCACGGUCUCCUACGCAG